ACCCCGCCCUCGACCCGCCCCGCGUUCGUCGCAGCCGACCCCCUCGACGAACGCCAUCUCCUCGAGCACCAUGGCCAGCAGUGCGCGUUCCCUCCUCAAGCCGUCCGCAUGGGCACUCGAGCCCGAGCCGUCGACGUUCGCUCCGACGAGCGCGCUCUCUAACGAGGACAUGGACCCUGUCCCGCCUCAUAAGCGUACCUGGACGACCUGGAACUACGUUGCCUACUGGAUCUCGGACGCGACCAACGUCGCGGUCUGGGAGCUUGCCAGCUCCAUGCUGGCUAUUGGGCUGUCCUGGCGGCAGGCGCUGCCCGCUAUCGCAGUCGGGCACAUCAUCAUCUCCCUCGUGAUGGUCCUCAACGGCACCAUCGGCGCGCGCCUGCACAUCCCCUUCCCCGUCCUCAACCGCUCGUCCUUCGGCUUCUGGUUCAGCUACUUUAGCGUCAUCAGCCGUGUUGUGCUCUCCAUGUUCUGGUUUGGUAUACAGACGUAUACGGGCUCGGAAGCGGUGACCCAGAUGAUAAAAGCCAUCUGGCCCUCCUAUGCCCACCUCCCUAAUCACCUGUCCCCUUCGGCACACAUCACGACCCAAGGCAUGGUCUCGUAUUUCAUCUACUGGAUCAUCCAACUCCCCCUCAUGCUCGUCUCCCCGCAACGUAUCCGCUGGCUCUUCGUCGCAAAGGCGACGACUGUCCCCGCCGCGUGGAUCGCGAUGCUCAUCUGGGCGUUCGUCAAGGUCCCCAGCGGCGCGCCCGGCGGGCUGCUGAGCGAGCACACCGCUUUAUCGGGCUCGAAACUAGGUUGGGCGUGGAUGAGUGCGCUAAAUAGCGCCUUGGGGAUUUAUUCGACGUUGGCGGUAAACAUCCCGGAUUUUACGAGGUAUGCGAAGGAUGAGAGAGCGCAAUAUGUCCAACUUAUCAUAAUUCCCGUCGCGUUCACCCUCGUGGGCUUCAUCGGCCUCGCAGUCACCAGCUCCGGCAUAAUCCUCUACGGCCAAGUGCUCUGGGACCCCCUAACACUCAUCAACCAAUGGGACAACCGCGCCGCGGCCUUCUUCGCCUCAUCCACCUUCCUGCUCGCGACGCUCGGCACGAACAUCUCCGCCAACUCCCUCUCCGCCGGCAACGACAUCGCCGCGCUGUGCCCCAAGUGGCUGAACAUCCGCCGCGGGCAGGUCGUAUGCGCGUUCGUGGGCGGGUGGGUGCUCUGCCCGUGGGAGAUCCUCGCGAGCGCGGCGGGAUUCUUGAGCUUUAUGAAUGGGUACACGGUUUUUCUGGGCCCGUUUGCGGGGAUCAUGGUUACGGAUUAUUGGCUUGUGCACCGCGGCAAGGUCGAUGUACCUGCAAUGUACGACCCGCAUGGGCGGUAUAGGUAUACCGGCGGUUUUAACUGGCGCGCGUGCCUCGCACUGCUUAUAUCCGUCCCACCAAACCUCCCUGGAUUGAUCAACUCGAUUAAUACGAACAUCAAAGUCGGAGGAGCAGUCUAUGUGUUCGACAUUGCGUGGCUCUUCGGGUUUACGGUGGCGUCGGUGGUAUACUACGUCACGUCCGUAGUAUGGCCGGCACAUGAGACGUUUAUGGACGAGGCGAUAGUAGACGUAGACGGGAUGCACUCCCCGGGUGGACAUGGGAGUGAGGGCAGCGAACUGGAUGAAAAGGAGAAGCCGCUCGGGGGCGUUGUGAUGGCAUCUGCGCACCCGGUGGAAGUAUAGAGGGUCUACAGACCACUGGCUCGGGGAGUGCAGUCGGGUGUUAUAGAACGCUGUGAAAUCACGAUAUGGGAACUUGAAGCUUCGCGCGUACGUUCUUCGCUGCUAGCUGUGCGUGCCCCGCCGUGUGCGUCUAGGACUGCC